GAUCCAUAUGCUUCGUCUCCUUCGGGCCAAUAUAGUCUCCAUCUACUAUGCAAAAGAUAGUUCCCGCAACUAACAAGGUCACACAAGAGAGCCUUCAGAAUGUCUUACCAGCCGUACGACUAUUCGUACGCGCAAAGCAGCGCAGCCGGGAGCUCGACAGAUCCAUACGCUGCAUUUUACUCAUGGGAUGCCACGACGAAUCAGUGGACCUUCGACUACGACGGCUACUAUAGGGCUUAUGGCUCAUACCCCGCGGCGGCCGAUGGAUCUGGGGGGUACAGUGCCGCGGACCUAUCCACGCAGGCUUCAGCUUACAAUUACGACGCUGCUGGCUAUGCUAGUACUUCAGGAACCGCAAGUGCCACGCCAGGAGUAGCAGCUGCCACGGAUGCUGACGGAAAGCCAAAGAAGUUCGUUCCAGGGCCGAAAGAUGCGGAUGGCAAUCCGCUUGCUGGAAAGCUGCAGAAGGGAGAAACCAGAACAACAGUGUUGAGGAAAGCAGCGGGGAAGAUAUGGGAAGAUCCAACCCUGCUAGAAUGGGAUCCGACACACAAACGACUUUUCAUUGGCGAUCUGGGCAAUGACGUAACAGAUGAAGUCCUGACUGCGGCCUUCGAAAAGUACAGCUCCUUCGCCAAAGCCCGUGUUGUGCGCAAGAAGGGCGACUUGAAAUCCAAAGGUUAUGGGUUUGUCGCGUUUGCCGAUCCGGAGGACUUUCUCAAAGCAUGGAAGGAAAUGGACGGCAAGUACGUGGGUUCGCGGCCGAUACGGAUCAAGAAGGCACAGGACACGCAGCAUGUCGAUAUCGGGUAUCGAAAAGACCGACUCUUGGCCAGUAAUAAUCGCUACGAGGCCUAUGUCAAACGUACCAAAAUGGGUGGCGCCGUGGGCAAGGACUUGCGGAAUCCGGCGACGGGCAAAGCCUAUGGCCAGAAGCGGUAGCAUCGUGCCGAGGACUCCGUAGGUGACAGAUGACGCUUGUACUAUGAUACAGUGCAGUAUUGCAAAAAGAGAAAGAUG